AUGUACGGGUUACCUAAGAUCCACAAACCUAACGUUCCUCUGAGACCAAUAGUUAGCUCCCGUGAUUCUGCUUGUAGGGAAUUGUCUAAAGUCCUUCUGGACAUUUUAAAGCCUUUAGUAGGAAACACUGAUUCGUUUAUCAAAAACUCCAAAGAUUUUGUAGAAAAGUCUAAAUCUAUCGUACUGGCUGAUACUGACAAGCUGGUCAGCUUCGAUGUUGAAAGGAUUGAGUCUGCUGUUUCUCAGUUACCUGAGUCUCAGGGGGAUCAGUUCCGUUGUGAAGCUAGUAUUUUACUAAAGAAAAUUCCUACUCCUAAACCUAAUCUUAGUAAAGAGGAAACCAAAGCAGUAUCAGUCCUUGGGAAAGACGGUACUGUAAAGAUUUUGCCCGCGGAUAAAGGGAAUGCCACGGUAGUUCUUGAUACUGUGACAUACGAAGAAAAAAUGUUAGAAACUUUGCAAUCUGGCCAAUACACCCAAUUGAAAAAAGACCCCACAGAAACUUUCGAGCGUAAAAUCGCUAGUACUCUAAGAAAACACAAAAAGUUUUUUAGCGACAAACAAAGGACUCGGUUGACACCACACCAUUCCAAAAUUCCACACAUGUACGGGUUACCUAAGAUCCACAAACCUAACGUUCCUCUGAGACCAAUAGUUAGCUCCCGUGAUUCUGCUUGUAGGGAAUUGUCUAAAGUCCUUCUGGACAUUUUAAAGCCUUUAGUAGGAAACACUGAUUCGUUUAUCAAAAACUCCAAAGAUUUUGUAGAAAAGUCUAAAUCUAUCGUACUGGCUGAUACUGACAAGCUGGUCAGCUUCGAUGUUGAAAGUCUGUUUACGAAUGUCCCCGUUUCGGAAACCCUAAAAAUAAUUGAGACCCGUCUCACAAACGACGAUACUUUAGCAAACAGAACUAAACUCCCUGUUAACGUCAUAAUGGAACUUUUGGAGUUGUGUACUCAAUGUAACUAUUUCCAAUUAGAGGGUAAAUUAUACCGUCAAGAUGAGGGUAUGGCCAUGGGGUCACCAUUGUCACCUAUCUUUGCCAACAUCUUUAUGGAGGAGUUUGAGCAAAAAGCUUUGGCUUCAGCUCGGCUCAAACCGAGGAUAUGUUUGUGGAAUGCUGCAUUUUUUAGGAAGAGGUGUGGAUUCUUCUUUACGCUCAGUGUUGACUCCAGGAUAAAAAGCGCUAUCAUGGAGUGGCUGGAGCCUUCGAACCAUAGCAAACUGCCGUGA